AUGGCAAUCAAUGUCGUGCAAAUGCAACUGGAGAUCCUGUUUGGGAAAUUCGUCAAAUCAAUCGAUAACGACUUCAAAAUAAAUCUCCUGAGUAGUGAAGAUGAGGCUCAGCCUGUAAAGGUCGACAUCGAAACUUGCCGGCCAUCUUUGGAUCCUAUAAAAAAAGAAGACGUUGUGAAACAGUACGGUGAGAACAUGAGAGGAAGCGAUCGGCUCCUUAUGCAGUUCUUGAGUCAUCACCAGUACGUACUCUUGUUCUUAUUAAAAUAUUUGUCAACUAUUAUUUGCAAUUAA